AGAAAGUAAACCUUUUUGGUGAGGCUGAAGCACACUAGUUAUUAAAUUCUACUAUUUUAAGGUACAUCUACGAAGUUUACUUUUUGUGUUCUGCAGACAGAGAAUCACACAAAUUUCAGCAUGGGAAGAAAAUCACAAUUCCUUCUGCUUGUGGUGGUCCUUGUAGCAUAUUAUAUUCCUAAGACUAUUCCAGAAAAUUUUGAGGAGCCAUGGAAGCUAAUAUGGCACAACACUUGUCUGAAAAUUUUUGUACAUUUGGGUACAUUUCUGGAGUUCCUGGGACUUUACAAUUUUUUGGAUUUACUAGCAGUAACUACAGCAUUAAAUGAAGUUCCUCCAACUUCAGAUGAAAAUGUCACUGUAAUUGAGACAAAAUUCGACAAUACACCUGUCCGUGUAUAUAUACCAAAGAGGAAGACAGAGGCACUAAGAAGGGCUGUGUUUUUUAUACACGGAGGUGGAUUUUGUUCUGGAAGUGCUGCUUUACGUAAUUAUGAUUUCCUCUCAAGAUGGACAGCAGAGAGACUUGAUGCUGUCGUUGUAUCAAGCAACUACAGAUUAGUACCUAAAUAUCAUUUCCCAACCCAAUUUGAAGAUGUAUAUAAUGCUCUAAAGUGGUUCUUACGCAAAGAUGUUCUUGAAAGCUAUGGCAUAAACCCUGAAAGGGUCUGUAUUUCAGGAGACAGUGCAGGUGGAAAUUUAGCUGCAGCAGUGACUCAGCAGCAAUUAUAUGACCCAGAUGUGAAGAUCAAACUCAAGAUGCAGUCUUUAAUUUAUCCUGCACUUCAGGCUUUUGAUUUAGAUUCUCCAUCAUACAGAGAAUAUUCACAUAUGCCAGGUCUGUCAAAAUCACUGCUGAUCCGGCUUAUGAGUGAAUAUAUUACAUCAGACAGAUCACUUGAGAAAGUCAUGCUCUCCAAUCAGCAUGUACCUGAAGAAUGGAGUCAUCUCUUCAAGUUUGUUAACUGGAGUUCCCUGCUCCCUGAGAGAUUUAGAAAAGGACAUGUUUAUAAAAACCCAACUUAUGGUAGUUCUGAGUUUGCUCAAAAAUAUCCUGUGUUCCUAGAUAUGAGGGCAGUUCCUCUGUUGGCAGAUGACAGCAAGUUGCGUGGCUUACCCCUGACCUAUGUCCUCACUUGUCAAUAUGAUGUUUUGAGAGAUGAUGGAAUCAUGUAUGUCACCAGACUUCGGAAUGCUGGAGUGCAAGUGACCCAUAACCAUGUCGAGGAUGGAUUCCAUGGAGCAUUUGCCCUUCUGAAAUUUAAAAUUGGUUACAGACUGAUAGAUCAGUACAUUAAUUGGCUAAAAGAAAAUCUAUAGAAAAAUGUGCACUCAUAUCAUUUAAAAAAUAGUCUCAAAGCUUCAGAAAAUUCAUAUUAGAAUUGAACUUUUUUAGAAUGAUCAACUGAAGAUUCACAAACAGCAUAAUUGUUACUGCAAAUAAAAAUUUUGUGGUUCAGUUUUUUAUACAUAUGGGUUUCAUUCAACAUUUCACAAUGUGAAUGUGCUAUUUCUGAAAUUUUUCCUCAUAUCCUGUUAAACUUACUUUUUAACAUCAUAUUUUGUAUGCUCUCUGUUCUCUGUGUUGGCUAUUAUUUGAAAUUACAGGAGUAAAUAUAUGAGAGAGUAUUGUUUGUCUGAGUAACACUGACAUUUGCAUCAGUGUGUUUGGGGACUGGAGCCGUCCUAUACACUUGAGCACGGUUUUUCCAAAAGCCAUUUCCCCGGGCAAUGUGAAUUUUUCCCACCAUAAAAUUAUGUUCCUUGAAACAUUUCUAGAAAAAAAGGUACCAAGAGUUCCAUUAUCAAUGUGGACGAUCAUUGUGGCACUAUGAGGAGUUACCUGCUUGGAUUUGGGGGAAGGCAGAGAAAUCAAGCUUCAAUAAGGAUGAAAAAAGUCUUCAAGGUAGGCAAUGACCUACUGACAGACAAAGACUGUAUCUGUAAGUAGAUAACCACCAAUCAAGCAAUCAUAGAAAAGCCUGAGCUGUGAAAAACUCUGACAUGGCUACGGAGGAAGAUGGAGAGAAAGAAAACAGCAAUAUACCCACAGGAAGCUUUGCAGGAGGCUUAACAUUUGCCCUGAAUUCUGAAGAGCAGUCAGGAGUGUCUCAUCUGAGGGAAAUUGAGGGAACCCAUUUGAAGCAUGAGAGACGAUGCCCCAAAUCCUGGCAGUGGUUCUUUGGUUUAGAGUAAAAGAAACCCAGAUGAACAGCUUUGUGAAGAAAUGCAGAAGAGAGGUUCUCAAAGUACAGAAGAGAGUCUAACAGAAAAGGAAGACAGGACUGCACAGAAUGAAGCCUCAUGGAAGUAAAAAUGACAGAGCCCUGAAACUAGGCUCUGCUCUCCGGCAAGUUUGCACCAGACUUCGGGUUUGACACAGAGUGAGUGACAAUGCCACUCUUUACUUCAGAAAAGCUUUCAUGCUCUUUGGCUUCUGCUCUGGGAGUUACCUCAUUUUCUGUUACAUAAUUUGAAUUUUUCAAAGAAAAAUUUCAUUGUUGAGUGUAAUCUUUCAAACAAGGAUAUUGAUUUUUAUUUGUAAGUAUUUUUACUGAUGUGUAUUCAUUGUACAUGUGGAAUCCAUGCAAAUAAUUUGCCCUCAUCAAACCAAACCUCUUUCUCCACACUGACUUCAUACACAGCAUCCCCAGUCCCUGAUAAUCAUUCUUCUGUUUUCAGGUCAACUUUCUAAAUUUAGCUUCUACAUAUAAGAGAGUAUAUUAGGUCCUCAUCUUCCUGGGUCUGGCUUAUUGAACUAAGCCAGACCUCAGUUUUAUCAUUUUGCUACAAAUGACAGGAUUUCACUUAGCUUUGUGGUUCGAUAAUACUCCAAUAUAUUUCUGUGAUACAUGAUAUUCUCUAAAAUCCCCCAUAUGAGGGUAACACUAUCUGUUGAAAAACCAUCAUACUAAAGUGUGCAAAUGUGUACAUAAUUUUGGUAGAGUAUAUAUAUGCAAUUAUAUUUGUACUGGUAAACAUAUAUGUGUGUGUAUAUCAUUAAUACAUGUGAAAAAUAUACACUAUGUUUACUUUGGCCAUUUAUCUGUUGAUGGUCACCUUGGCAAACUCUAUGUUUUAAUUACCGUGACUAGUGCCACAAGAAUAUGGACAGAUGGGUAUCCUUUAGGGAGCUGAUUUUAUUUCCCUUGGAUAUAUGCCCAGAGGUAGAACUACUGAAUCAUUUGAUAGACCUGUGUUUAGUUUUACAGUGAACACUCAUACUGUUCUCCAUACUGACAGUAAUUUUUUAUUUACUUUUUCUCUGUAUUCUCACCAGUAUUUACUCCAGUUCACUGACAAUAGCCAUUGUAACUGAGAUUCAAUUAUGUCCCCUUAUAGUUUGAUUUGCAUUUCCCUGAUGAUAAAUGAUGUUGAGCAUUUUUUUAUUUGUUGGCCAUGUAUAUUUGUGUUUUCCAGAUGUCUCUAUUCAGAUCAUUUAUACUGUAACUGGUUUAUUUAGUUUUUUGAUAAGAUUUUUUUUUACUUCCUUAUAUGUUUCUGAUAUUAACUCUGUCAGAUGAAUUGUUGGCAAAUAUUUUCACCCAUUCUGCAGAUGGUAUCUUCAUUUUGCUUGUUUCUUUUACUAUACAUAAGUUUUAAAAUUUUAUUUAAUUCCACUGGAUAAUUUUUGCUUUUGUUUUCUGUGCUUUGGGAGUCCUAUCCAGAAAAUUAUUCCUUGUAUCAAUACCUUGAAAUGUCUUCCCUAUUUUCCUUCUAAAAAUUUCCAACUCUCAGAUAAUAUUGUUAGAUAACUGAUCCAUUUUGAAUUGAUUUUUAUACAGGAUAAGAGAAUUCUUUCUUUCAGAAAACUUUAGUUUUCUGCAUGUAUAUAUUCAGAUUUUUUAUCACUAUUUGGUAAGAGGCUGUCUUUUCUCUAAUUUUUUUGGCAUAUUUGUUAUGAGUCAGUUGACUGUAGAAGUAUUAUAUAUGUGGUUUUAAUUACAGGUGAUCAAGUCACGAGAAGGAAGGCUUCAAAAUAAUGAAUUCAAAGCUCAAUGAGGCCUGGGCUUAUUUAAGGCCUCAGUUUGAGAUUUUUUGUACAUUUUCUCCUAACCUUUACAGUUGUGUGUAUAAACACAUUAUCCAUAGCUCUGUUUAUAUAUUCAGAGUUAGAACCAAGUUUCAUUAAAUAGAUUUUUAAAAUCAUAUGUUAACUAUAAUAAUACAUCUGUCACACUUUUAAGGUAACAUGCUCAACCAGUUAUGGAUUUAACAGACUCGUAUUUUAUUGCAAAAUUUUUUCAAAGAUUUUGUUUCAACUGCAUGUGUUUACUUCAGAAUACACUAUUGCUAACAUUUUAAUUUCAUUCAUGCUCUGGCAAAUAUUUUCAAGACUGAGAAUCAAAACUACAUAUUUUCUCCAUCCAGGUAGCCAGGCAACAAGCCAUGUUUUUUGUCUUCUGAAGUGAUAUCUUUUUGUAGCCAAAUCGUUCAUUGGUAAGAUGUUGUGAAAAAGUCCAUGUAGUUUACUUUUGAAGUUACUCUUUUUCUCCAAUUAAUUCCUCUUUCAUUGUUCCUAUCUUAUUUAUUUGAUAUCUUUUUUGUCAUUGUGCAUCUUGAAGAAACUUUCCAUACCCAUUUAAAAUAUAUAUGUACACAUUAUUUCUAUUAUUUUCAGUUCCAUAAACUUUCUUUAGGUAUUUUUCAAUUUAAUGACAUUGUUUCAUUAAUUGGCUUAAUAACUUGUUUAACUCAGUUUCAAAUACCUUGAUGUCAUUUGCUUUCAAAUUUAUUUUCUUCUUCUCUUUCAUCAUUUCCCUGUUUUGGAUUGCUUUUAUACAUAUGGAUGAAGACAGCAAAAGUAGAUACAUUUUUUCCUGCUACAUAAUUGGAGACAUCUGGAUCAAUUUAUUAUCCUGUAAAGAAUUCUGAAGAUUAAGUGUACCAUCUUUGAUUCAUGAUUUGGUCAUUUUCCUUCUAAUAUUUAAUGUGAUAUUUUUAAAACAUAAAAAAGUUGAGUUUUACUGCGGAUCCUAACAUAGUUCACCUAAAUUUAGCAGUGAGCCUUUUGUACCUUCUUCACCAGUUCUUUAUUAUUCUAUCCAUUCUUUAUCCAUUAAUCCAUCUUAUUCCUGGAUAUAUUUCAAAACUGCACUUACAACUACAUUUUACCUCUAAACCUCUCAGUAUGGCAUCUUUGUUGUGAAACAGUUAACUGUAGAUCUGUGGUUUAACUGACAGAUGGUUGAACUUGAUAAUAAAGGCUUCAAAUAUGAAUUCAAAGCCCAGAGAUAUCUAGGGCUAUUCAGGAUCUUAGUUUGAGUGUUUUGUACAUUUUCCUCCUAAGCCUUAUGGUAUUACUGAGUAGAUCAGCACAUUAUCCAAACCUCUUUUUGUAUAUUCAGGGUUAGAACCUAACUUUGUAUAUUCAGAGUUAAAACUUUCAUGAGCCAGGGGGCACUGUUUAAUUUUGCUCUUGCAUUCUUAAAAGUUAAAAUUACAUACAAUGGAAGAAACAGAUCUUAAACAUCAUCACUGAGUUCUGACACAUGAACACAUUCCUACAGCUGAAAUUAUGCAUUUCAAGGUACAAAACAUUAAGAUCAUCGCAAAAGAUACCUCUUUCCAGUAAACCAUAGUCACAUGGCCACUCAAGAUAUUGUUUUGAUUUUUAUAACAAUAGAUUUGUAUUUCUGAUUGUUACAAAUCUUUUAAUUUAGUCUAAUUUUUAUUAAAAAUAGUUAUUCAUCAAAAUGCUUUUCUAUUUCAAUAAUAAGAACAAACAUUAGUAUUUGGUAGUUGAAAAACUGUGUAUCAGACACUAUCUAAUUGGAGUCCCCAGAAAGCUUUUUCUAGAAAGGUAGGAUCUGAGAAUGCUAGAGGUGGAGAAACACAUAUGGGUAUCAUCAAGGCUCAAUAUCAGAUUUUCAGAUUAAAAAAAAAAAACAGUGCUUUCCCCAUCAUUUGGGAGGGAAAUGUGUGAUUGUUCUAAUUUUAUUGUAGUGAUAAACAAAAAUUCAGCAGUUGAUCAUAAAAUUUAGAAGAAAUAAUGUUUUGAUUUUUAGGAGAUUGAAUGUAUUUUCCACUAAAAUACAUUUCUUAUAGUCUGCUAAAUAGAAUACACUGAAGAUGUAGGUAGAAAAUGUAUGUCAGAUGACAGGUGCAAGGACAAGGAUUGAUAGUAAUGCUUGUCGGGUACUAGGAUUCAGUCAGCUUUCACAACAUUUUGCUAGUGAGAGGCAACACACUGAACAGUUACUAAUAUCACUGAACAUGCCAUACUCUUCAAUGUGACACUAAUGCUACCUGUAUGUGAAUUUGUUUCUACAUUUUAGACAAAUCCUAUAGCACUAAGAAUUCUGUCCACUAAGAUUGUGUUAAAAGUAAAUUUCUUUCCUAUGAAAAAAUAGUUGGAUAAUAUUUUUUAUGAAUUAAAAUGGCUUUAAUUUGCCAUCAA